GGGAUGACUGUUCCGACCUGAUCGGUGAAAAUUCCCAACCACAUUUUUCGUAUUUCUGCUUCUUAUUUCAAUCUGAUAUUCAUAGAUGAAAAACGCAUCUAUAGAUAACAUACCCUAGCGCGUAGCCAACCUGUUUUAAACGUAAAUUAGACCCCAACAGGCAUCUGAUGUUGUAAUUUGUGGAGAGGGGUUCCAUCCAUCACUCCAAAAAACAUGGCUGCUGAUCAGAUCAAUGUUGAGAAAACUGUGGAGAAAAAGUUCCACAUCGUGAACAAUACCCAGGACAAUAUACAGGGACUUUCACUGUGGAUAAUCCAUCAUAAAGCAGAUGCUAAAAAGAUUGUGCAAACUUGGGCCAAGGUGGUUAAAAAAUCCAAGGCAAAUCAUCGCCUGACCCUGUUUUACUUGUGCAAUGAUGUGGUACAAAACUGUAAGAGAAAAAAUGCCAAAGAGUACAUCGGUUUAUUCAAGGAAGUUCUCACAGAUGCUGUUCCUCUUGUCAGACAUGAAUCUGUACGGCCGUCGAUCAAGCGAAUGUUGAAAAUCUGGGAUGAGCGCAAUGUCUAUAACGAAGAGUUCAUAUUAGGGCUACAAGAACUACUGGUGACAGAAGAGGAGCGAGAGCUGAAGCAGCAACAGGAAGUGGAUGCCAAACUUCUCGCAGAGUUCAAGCCUCAAGUUGUAGUGGAGACGUUACGAGGAUUCCGUCGAUUUGAGACAGAACUGGAUGUGAAACAAAGACAGAUAAUAUCUUAUAAAAUCAAUGCAUCUACUUCAGAGCAAAUCAAAAGGUUAAAGGAUCGUCGGCAAGGUGCUGAGUUCAACCAUCAGUUUGAAGAUGCCCAGGUGAAAGUGGAGGACUACAUCCUUGGUGUUGAGAGAGUGAUUAAAGAGCGGGCAGCAUUGAUUGACUUGCUUGCCAUGACGGAACAUUUCUAUGAGCUUCAGUAUGGAGAGGCUAAAGUGGUUGCAAAUGCCUACAAAAACUUUGGAACAAGAGUAAACAAACAAAGGAGGCAUCUUGAGGAAGUGAAACGCACCCUUCCUGAGGUGAUGAGUCCUCUGCCAUCUCCAACCAUGGAUGCACCGUCUCCAACCGGCAGUGCUACACCCCCAGACCUCGCCAUGCCAUCCACUCUCAACAACCAGGUCAUUGACAUGGAGCUGGAUGAAGACGCAAGUGGAGAACCUAUUAUCACUGGCGGCGUCCAGCGGAGGGCCUACACGACCACCGUUAACACCAACAUAUUCCCCAUAGCCAGCGUCACGCAAAUAAUGAUGAGCCAUCAAGAGAUGAGAACGAAAGAAGACGAAGCUUACUCGCCGCGAUCCCAGGACUCGCCACCGUCACCCGAAGGUUCACCAAUAGAUCUCCAGCUCUCUCCCGACACAACAAAAGAAGAUAUGGAUAUUGUCAAAGGUACAAGUCAUGUGCCACAGUACUCACCUCGAGGAGGAGGUGGCAACCGCGCUGACAAUAUUCCAGUCCAGGUUGCCGAUGCUGUUUACAAUCCAAGAACGCACCUCGAUCACCAUAACUCCAGGUCUGACUACGACCUGAUGAACGAUGAAGUGUAUAUUCCUCAAUCAACAGCCGCACCUGUCGUCAGUAGCAGCUUAACAGCUCUUGCUCAGAUCCGUCAGAUCGAUUCAAGUGGUGAUUCGACACCGGUAAAAGAUGAAGGAGACACCACUCCGACACAAGAUGAAUUCCCCGACAGUGCUCAGUCUAAUCCUGUGGACUUUCUCACCCGGUUAAUUAAUCAGUCUAAGAAGAGUACAGAACUAAGUCCAAGUUUAUUACAGAACUUAUCAAUGCUUAGAGAAACGGUGAAAAAGCAAGCAACGGUGGCCAAGCUAAUGGAGGAUAGAUCCGAUAAAGAAAAAUCUCAAAGUCCUACUCCCACAGGACCUUCUUCUUGGGCAGCUUGGAAGGCGCAAAAGCAGACUGUUUCAUUGCCUGAUUCAUCAGGGGAGAGUACACCAGUACGCGAUGUGGAACCUCUAGCUAAUCAAAUCCACAAUGGGAGAAAGACUCUUGAUGAUCAUUUACAGAAACAGUUGGAGGAUGCCGCAAGGAUUGCGAAUGCCCCGCCUCCCCCUCCUCCUGAAGAACAUUACACUCUCAUGCCGGAUGACUACGGCCAUGCGCUGCUUGAUCAGCUUCCAGUGCCAAAUGAAGCAUUGCGACGCCUCAAUCCCAACAAGCUGGUCCAGGCUGCACCCGUGCAUGAUCAUAUGCGGUUGAGUUUCUCCCCGCCACGGCUAAGCUUUUCGCCACCGCAAGUGAGCGGGCCACAACAUAAUUCUCCUGACGCAGAGACUCGUGCACCAGUAGUAAUUCAUUUUAAUCAACCAAAAAAGAGCAUUUUGAAGAAUUCUUCGAAUAUAACAGUAUGUGGAGACAAUGAUACUGGCAUACCUACCAUUACAAACGCUGAAUCACCAGGUUUAAGCAUUCCUACUAUUGGGGGUCUCAAACAACGUCCCAUGAGGCCCCCCUUUCCUCCUAUGCCAGGAAGUGAAGAAAUGAGACCUGCUGCACCUGCUGGUGCUGGUACCGGCAUUCGACCACCUGGCCCAACUACGCCACAAAUUAAAACUACACCUGAUGGAAAUACAGAGGUCCAAAAUGAGUUCAUCAACAAACUGAAGCAAAAGACAGCAACUAGUCUAUCUGUACCUGUGCAGCGACAGAAUUCAAAUUCGAAUCUGCGGACUGUCAUUACAGUGGAUGCUGGCUUGCCUCCUCCACCCCCUCCCCCUGGCCCCCCUCCCCCCACUCAUGAGAGUCAACAGGACCAGUAUCCACCACGGCCAUAUAACCCGGAGUUCACACAACCGCCUCCUCCAUUUGAGCCGCAGUACGACCCUGGUCAGUCAUAUCCCGAGGCUCCACCAUCUUACAAUCCCCAGGAGCCACCGCCAUUUGAUCCAUCACGACCACCCCCAACAUCCGCUGCUCCUCCAUUCGAUCCUACAAGACCGCCUCCUUUUGAUUUUUCGCGGCCACCACCACAAGAUUUGGGCCAGGGUGUUCAGGCAAGUCCUCAUGGUCAACCUGUAAGUCCUCGGGGUCCCCAACCAGGAGAUAGAUCAGCGCCUUCUACCCCGCGUACUCCUCCUGCUGAGCAACAUCCGUAUAGCCCAGGGGCUGCUCCGAUGCACUAUGGUGAGAGGAGAGAUAGCUUUCCUGGUGACUCUGUGGAACAUUUCAAUGACAGACGCGAACAUUUCCCUGGGAAGAGUCCCGUUAGGAAACACUUUCAGCCUCCAUUUGAUGAUGAGUUGCCCCCACGCUUUCCGCCACCACCUCCCGGAUGGCACCCUCCUCCUCCACGCGAUCGCUUUGAUCCUUACCGAGAUCAAUAUGGACGACCACUGCCUAAGAGGCCAAUACCUCCUCCUGGACCUGGCUUUGAUCAAUUCUUUCCAAGACGCUACUGAUCGGUAGGAUUUUAUCUCUUCUUGAUUGGAGAAAGUGCAUUACAAGGUCAUGUCAGACCUGUCAUCAAUGUUUUAUUGUGCAAAAUGCCAGUCUGGAUAUCACCAUUUUGUGGUGUUGUCUAAGUUUUUACAGGGCAGGAUUUGGUCAUCACGUCUGUGCUCCUGAUCUGAUGAUCUAUUUCCUUUGAUUUCAGCAGAAAAUCGUAAAAAUGUGUAUCUCUGGCCAUAGGGAAAAAGGGCAUGCUCUAUGGCCAUAGGGAAAAAGGGUAUGCUCUAUGGCCAUUGGGAAAAGGGGUAUGCUUUAGUGCAGUUGACUUUUUCCUGUCAAUACCUGCGGCUUGGUGAUCAUAAGUUCGGGAUGAGUUGCAUGUAAAAGCUGUUGAGAAAGUACAACUUAGUACUCUGUGUUCGAUGUUAGAUUUGUUUUUCAUUUUUGUGAGGGAAUUCUAAUAAUCAACUGUUUGGGAAAGAUUGUUGGCGGCUGUAGGGAACAUCUUUUAACUGCAUUGACAUGUGUGGUCUGAUAUUACAUUGUCCUACAUGUUGUCCAUGUGGACAUUGGCUGGGGGGGGGGGGGGGGUAUGAAAAGCUUGGACCAUGCUGCUACCAAGUACAGCUGAUUAUUAGGCCCUUUGCAAGUCAACUGAAUACUCAAGCUCCUUGUUGCUGAUGUUCAUUAUGUUCAAGUCUUGAUGUAAAAAGUGCUUAUCACAUUCCUCUUUGUAAACUUCAGUUAUCAGAAUCAGUUGCAUCUCAUAAAGCUCAUACAGUCGGGAGAUACUUGGUUGAGUUGACAGUGCUAUACUACAGUAUUCGAACAGUCUUUAUGAAACCUUUAACAAGUUCUUGAUGAAGGUUGUUCUGGGCGGCCUUCAGAGUGAUACUAGUUGCGAGGAGGCCAUUUGUUAUGUUCACAGUAUCUGUUGUAUUCACUUUUCAACUGCAAACAGAGUAGUGGGCUUGUGGCUCUGUGGACACAUGCUAAUGAAUGCCUCCCCCCCCCUUACAUGUAGGUCUCAAUAUGGUCACUGUUUAAUGAGAAGAAGUACUAUUAAUCUUCAAUGUAUAAAGGAGAGUAAAAUUUUAAGAAUUAUGUGACAAAUUUUAUUGAUUUCUGCUCCGUUUUCCUGUCAGAUAUAUUUUCUUGCAUCAUGUCACUGAUAGUGGUCUUUCAGAAAGUGCACUCGGAAGUCAUAAAAUCUGUUGUGUGAAUUUAGAAUGUCAGUAUACUGUGCAUUUAGAAUUGUUAAGUUGCUACACUUCUGUGUCUGUGCUUUCUGGAUGACGACUAACUUACCAUGGCAUUGUUACCUUUGUUUCAAAGGUGAGAGGUGAGCUUUGUCCUCCGCAUGUUCAAGAGGAAAGCAGAGCAUCACAUGUUUAUGUUGUAAACAUUGUUUUUGUACAGUAGGAUUGGAUCAAGUCCAAAGAUGGUGUUUCAUGCACUGCUUUAGAAAGCAGGCGAGAAGUUCAAUUAUACAAGUUAUGAAAUGAA